GAGAGAGAGAGAGAGAGAAUGUUAUGCAACUAGUUAUGCAACUGUGACCUACUAACAUAUAUUUCCAGCACAGUGAGGGAGGGAGGACAUUGGAGCGCCUCAACAACACAACACGAGGAACCAAAAUACGAGUCACACUGAACGCGUGCCCGCAUACGAGCUGAGCGCUGAACGAGAAUCGUGACACUUUGCAUGUCUUAGCAAUUUCUGCCUAUCCGAUACCGGCUAUAGAGCAACCAACUGCUGGGUUGUGGCUAUUCAUUUGGAUACGCGUGUAAAGCACCAACGCUUUCUAACACAGCCAUCUGGAGGCUCCGAUAAAGGUUGCACCCCUCCCCACUGUCUGACAAGCUGAGACAGACUGAGUGACCUACAUCCUGCAAUUCGCCUCAAGCACUUGAGUCAGUCUCCAUUGGCUUAUUAACAUAGCCUUGUUGAAAAGCGAAAAGAAAAAAAAAACGCCUGAAACAAGCUAAAGGAACAGGUCAUGGUGGCCCUAAGAUAAUAGGUUCACAUUCCUGUGACUUAUUUAAUUCAUCCCAUUGGCUGUUGGAGUGGAUGGUUUGGGAUUUCAUUGGAUGAUUAACUAGUUAAAUGUAGAAGAUUGACACAGAGGCUCAGAUGUUUUUCAUCUUUUGAGCCAAUCUGGACACUUAAAGAUUAUAAAUAUUAUUAUUAGAAAAACGCCAGCAAAAUCAAUGAGGUUGACCCCAACUGCAAACACAAUACCCCAUAAGAUUUUUGCUGAUCCAGCUACUUAGUCCAACAUUCAAGAUUAGUAAAAGUAGGGAGAGAGAUCUUUCAGCCAUUUUGAUUUCCCACCUUUCCCCUUCACCCCAUCCCUUCUAAUCCCAUCAGUAACCAUUUCUGAUGGUAGAAAGAAGAUUCCAAACUGGAUUCCUCUAAAAAAGAAUGGAAAGUGUAAAUUCACAAAGCCCAACAAAUUGCAGUGUAGGCAAAACCAUAGAGGAUAAAGAAACCUUCUCAGGCUAUAACAACACUCUUCCUUCCCCCAAGGGCAACCCUCGUUCUGUCCGCCUUUUAAAAGCCAAGCCAAACAUGACCUGUCGGCGCAAGCGUGAGUUUAUCUCUGAUGAGAAGAAAGAUGCCUCCUACUGGGAGAAACGCCGCAAGAACAAUGAAGCAGCAAAGCGCUCCCGGGAAAAAAGGAGACUCAAUGACAUGGUUUUGGAGAAUAGAGUUAUUGCACUGAAUGACGAGAAUGUACGUCUAAAAACAGAACUUUUGCAACUAAAACUCAGAUUUGGCCUCAUCAGUGCAGCCUCCUACAUGGAAAAGAGCCAGCAGAUUGGAGGAACAAUGAAUGGAACUUCUGCAUGUUCAUCCUCUUCUUCCAGUCAUUUUUACCCUAAUGGCUACUCCAGUGGCUCCCAAGUGAUGAACUCUGAUUCUUCAGAGGCUGAGCAGUCUGUCCGGGGAGAGGGACUUGCCCAGUUAGUUAAAUACUCUCCGCGCGGUUCUUUGUCAGAUAUGUCUGAUGGUUCUUCUCGUGACAGUCCAGAGCCAAUGAACUAUGAUAUCAAACAGGAAGGACCAGGGUUAGAUGUGGACAUUGCAAACAGCACAACCACACCAAUUAUGUUUAACAUCCGUCAUAAGUUGUCCACACCCCAUCACCAACAUAGCUUUCAAUCAGGAUAUCACAGCCACCAACAACAGUCUCAGCACCAGGAGACUGUUGUCAAUGGUGCUGCACCUCCAGUACAGAAUGCUCAAAGGAGUGUCAUCCUGUAUCGCUCUAGCAGUGUCUCCUAUCCUGUAGAGAGUUCAAGACCUCAGGAAAUCAGUCAUCAAAAACUGCCACAGAACCUACUCCAACCUACAGAGGGAUCUACCAAAAGCACUGAGCUCCUGUCAGAAGCAACCAGUCAGCAUGAAAGUAAGACUGUAGACUCUCUGCCUUAUGAAUACUCAGAUGGAGAAGCAGCAAUGAAACAACCAUACAGGCCCCAACAUCAGCAGCUUGUGACUAUAUGUCAGAAGGCUGAUAAUAUGGCACCAGACCUUUGCAGACAAGGGGUUGAAGAACUGCAUCAAUAUGACACUGCACAGAAUGAGGAGCCUCCAGUACUGAGUUAUGAAGGAGGUCCCAGGAAAGAAGGGUACUAUCAGGGUCUCUCAGGAAAGGACACCUGUUUAAGUGAUGGUGAUCCUCGCAGUUCUGACAAAGAUGCGUCCACUGAUGAUGAAUGCCCAUCUUCAUUUUGUUCUGAAACUGGCAGUUAUCACCAGCAAUCCCCGUUGGCUGGAGGGCCAAAUUUGUCCCCACAAAGCCAAAGCAGAGACAGUCAAGCAGAGGUCAAAGGUACAGCACUACCGCACAAACUACGCCUUAAGCACAGAUCUCUGAGUAAUGCUGGAUCAGCAACUCAAGAAUCACCAACUACACCACCAGCACAUGUGCAUCCAUUACCUCAGCACCCUUAUCUGGCUUUGCCUCAAUCCAACCAGCAACUGCAGGUUGGUUGAGAAAGAGAGAACCAGUGGUUAAGGGCCAGCCAAACCCAGAGUUCUGCAAGCAGGCCACUUCAGCAGAGGAAAGAAGGAUGGAUUGUGGAAAUAAAAUCCUGGUGUAUGCUGGUGAACAAGAGGCAUAACUAAGAAUGAGGAACACAUUGGGACCCACUGUAAUAGUGUGCUAACAGGCAUUACCUUCUGCCUCUUUCCAUCUGGUGUUAGUGUGUAAUGGGAGCAGAGACAUAGACAAAGAAUUGUCAAACCCAAAUGCAGACAGAACUUCUGGGUAAACUGUAUUAUACUGUAAAGAUUGCUUUGUUUCUGUAUCUCAUCCUAUAAUUACAAAAGCACUUGUGCAGCAAAUGAGAGAAAUGAACAGACUUUUCAAAAUAUUUCCCAAACACAAUUUGUUAUAACAUGAUGUCAAGGUAACAGCAAACAAGGCAAUAGCAACCAUUUGUGAGGCAUUCAAGCCUGCUCACUAACUGUAAAUACCUACUGGUUUGUGUAAAUUUUUCUACCAAUCCAGAGCCUAGCUGUUUACCACAAAACAUAUCAAAAACAUCAGAGCAUUCUGGGAGUAUUCCCUUGACCAAAGAAAGACAAUAGCUUUACAUUUCAUACCUCUGCCCUACAUCUUUUUUUAUUUUUAUUAACCCUAUUCCUAUUCCUGAAAUCAUAUCCCAGACACCAUGCUCUUUUGUCCAAGCACUUGGUUUGUAUAUUACUGUAAUAUAAUUAUUAUAUAUAAAUAUAUAUUUUAGGAAUAAAAUCAAGUUUUUUUGAAAAAAAAAUUAAGAAAAAAAUAAGUCAAGGGCAAAAAGGAUUUCGAUUACUCACCAAUUCUUCAAAAAUACUGUAUAGUUCAUUGCGUUUACUGUUCAGGUGUUCAUUUAUGUACCUUUUUGUUGUUGUUUUUUCAAUUUCUCAUUUUCAGCAAUUCACAAACAGUAAAGAAAAUUAAAAUGCCCCAAUUUUUUUUUUUUUCUUAAGGUGAUCUGUGUUUAAUUUCAUAGAUUUUAGUGCAAUUAUAGCAAGUUCACAAAACUGGAAAGAAAUAAAAUAGUAUCUGCAAAAAUGCUUGAUGCUGUAGGUCCAACCUAUAGGUAACUGAGAUACAUCAGUCUUGAAAAACUGGUGUUUGCAGCCAUGAUUUUGAUUUCUUGCCCUUGAACCUUUAUUUAAGCCAUUCAGCUCAACGAUGUAUACAGAACCUGUAUGUCCGUUAUAGACGCCACCUUACAUAUUUCCCUAUAUGUUUCUGAGUCUAUACUCUUAUUAAGGACAGGAACAAUCUAACUUAUUUAAUUAUAAAAAAAUUUUUUUAUGUGCCUCAUUUAGACUCACUGUCUUUUUUAUUUUUAAGUCAAGUCUACAUGUCAUGUCUGGCAUCGAGCACUUAAUAUUGUAUAAAUGUAAAGUUUCUUCUACCCUGGAUGACACUGUAUUCUGUGCUUUUUUUUAUUAUGUGUGAUUUUUGGAAAAAAAAAGUGUUGUCCUGUUUUCAUGUAUUUAAACAACCCUUUGUUAUCUUCACCCCAUCCUCCCUUUUUAAAGCCUUUUCCCUCAUUCUAUCAAUGUGUAUUAAAUUCAGUGAUCUUUGUGUUUUCUGUUCAUAAUGUCAUGAAAAAGAAACAAAGAUUCAAAAAGACUUGUGUUAUAGCGUGGCACUGUUGUCACACUUUCUGUUUUGAAACGGAUUCAUGAUGUUACAACACUAAAUAUCCAUAAAAGACAAUGGGUGCGUUUGAAAAAUGAAAAAGGAAAAAAAAAAACAACAAUAAAAAGGAUGUUGGUUUUCUGACA